CUAACUUUCGUUAAGGUGCUGCGUACAGACCAUGAGGAAUAUCAGAAAGCAGCUGCAUAAUUCCCCUUGAAGAAUCAGAGGAAUGCAUUGAAGACGUGGAUGUGGCGAAGUGAAGAACCUACAAAAAAAUGUUCAGAAAACUCAAGGUGCAUCAGUUCCAACAAUCGGAACGAAAACUUAUAAUUAGCGGCACCAAGUGAUUCCUGCGUAAAACUCUCAGGAUCAACAAGACUCUGCUAGCAAAGAUGGCGGACAUGCAAGAAAAUCACACUGGAGUGGUCCACCUGAUGGAUCACGUGAUGUCCCACAGCAACAACGAUAACGACACGGACCAAUACAAGCACUUCUACUUCAUAGCGAGGCAAAUCACGGGACUCUACGUGUUUCCAGUCCUGUGUACCUUUGGUAUUAUUGGGAGCAUUCUAACCCUUGUGGUUCUCAGUCAAAAACCCAUGAGGUCGUCAACAAACGUGUACCUCUCAGCACUAGCCGUGUCAGAUAUGAUUAAGUUAAUCAAUGACUUUCUGUACUUCAUGACCGUGUUUCUGUACGUCACGUCGCCUGCCACGGGGCAAAAGAUGUACGCCUAUCUCUACCCGUUUUCACACUUCGUCUUUCAAAUGUCUGUGUGUGUGUCUUCGUGGCUGUUGGUGUCAGUGGCGGUGGAGAGGUACGUUCUGGUGUGUCAUGCCAUGUGGGGCAAGACCAUGUGUACCACGCAGAGAGCUACGGUGGUCAGUGUCGUGAUUUACCUUGUCAUGUCAGGACUCGCCAUCCCAUCCGCUCUCCGGUAUAAAACAGUCAAGGUGUACGACAACUCCACGGGGAUGUAUCACUUAGACGUGGACCUUACGGAGUUGUGGAAAAAUAAAGAAUUUGUCACGGCGUACACGUGGAUACAGAAUCUGUUGCGUUCAGUGAUACCGCUCUUUAUCCUCGCCAUCAUGAACUUCCAAAUCAUCCGCGCUAUCAGAGCGACGCGGGCAAAUAAGAAACGUUCUCAGCGGCACCGCAUCACGGUGAUGCUUCUCAGCGUGAUUGUGCUUUUCUUGAUGUGCGUCACUCCAGAUGCAAUCAUGUCCACUGUGUUCGAGAUCGGCUAUCACGAGAACGAGAACUGCCUUGCCAAAGGGAUACGUGAAAUAACAGACACGUUGCUGUGCGUCAACGCAGCUGUGAAUAUCAUAUUGUACAGUGCUUUCAAUUCGAAAUUUCGCAAGUGUUUUUGCAUUCUGUUCUGCAAGUGCUGCACGGAUGAGAGAAUGGACACGAUGGUAAAGGAGGGACAAAGCACCACGAACGUUCCGGCACGUUUGGCGGUAAACCGAGACGUGCGUUACACGCGGUUGUUGGGGACAAACGCCUCGUGCCCUGUAUUCCUUAACGUGAGCUCUACUGCGACAUUCCUUAAAUGUGACUCACAAAUAGCCCUGACGCCAAUCAAGGAGGACUGGAACGGGAACUGUGAGCAGAGGGGCACCACGGUGGUCCGGCCGGGACUGAGGAGGCACACGGUGGAACAGUUUCCGUGCACGGCAUCCAGCGGCUCCGUGAACUCCCGGCGGGAGUCCGGCUGUAGCAAUGGGGUCGUGAAAUUUUCAGUCGGUAUAGAAGAAGAGUGA